AUGGCACCGAGCAAGGAUAAGCAGGACAAAGCCUUGAAGCAGUUCCGGCAGGAGCUCGAGAGACGUGAUCUCAUACACGAGGGAGACACCAUCGGAACCGACGAUGCUACGCUCCUACGGUUCCUCCGAGCGCGUCAGUAUGACCUGAAUGCGGCUACAACGAUGUGGUCUAACUGCCAGAAGUGGCGAAAGACUGUCGAAGGUGUCGGCAUCGACGAGCUGUAUAGGCGGCUUGACCCAUACGAUUACCCCGAGCGUAGUGCCGUCUUCGACUGCUGGCCAUUAUGGUUUCACAAGACGGACAAAAAAGGUCGGCCGCUAAAUAUCCAUCAUUUCGGAGGUAUCAAUAUGCCAGAGUUGUACAAGUAUGUCACGCCGCAGAAAUUCUGGCAGACGAUCGUCGUCAACGCCGAAUCGCUCACGCGUGAGGUGUUGCCCGCCUCGUCACGGGCUGCGGGGCACCAUAUCGACGGGACGUUUGUGAUUGUCGACCUCAAAGGCUUUGGCAUAAGCCAAUUCUGGCAGAUGAAGAACCUCGCGCGGGAUUCAUUUCAGAUCUCCCAGGACUACUUCCCGGAAACGAUGGCACAUUUGGCAAUCAUCAAUGCACCAUCGUCCUUUACAACGAUCUGGAGUUUCAUCAAGCCAUGGCUGGCAAAGGAGACACUGGCGAAGAUCGAGAUUCUUGGCUCGGACUACAAGGAUGUGCUCCUGCAGCAGAUUCCGGAGGAGAACCUGCCGACGGGCCUCGGAGGCACAUGCACGUGCGAUGGGCUUGGUGGGUGCAAACUGAGUAAUGCGGGCCCGUGGAUGGCAAAUCGGAAGGAACGGCGUGAA